AAUGUCAAUCAGAGGACAUUAGCAGAGGAAAUAUUAAAAUUUGGGAAUCAUGGAAAAGUAGCGGCGGAAGUGUACACGUUCAGAGAAUUGGCUCAUGCAACGGACAACUUUAAUGCGGAAUUGCUACUAGGUGAAGGGGGUUUUGGAAGAGUGUAUAAAGGAUUCAUUAAUAAUAAUAAUAAUAAUAAUAAUAUGAAGAAGAUGAAUGAGGAGGUUGUGGCGGUGAAACAGCUGGACAAGAAUGGAAUACAGGGGAACAGAGAGUUCUUGGCGGAGGUAUUGACAUUGAGCCUUGUUCACCACCCUAAUCUCGUCAACCUCAUCGGCUAUUGCGCUGAUGGCCAUCAAAGGAUUUUGGUAUAUGAGUACAUGGCAAACGGGUCGUUAGAAGACCACCUUCUUCUUAGUCAUCGACAAACAACAGCAACAACAGAAGAAACAGAAACAAAAACAAAAACAUCAACCACCAGUCGUGCGGUGGUGGCUGUGGGGGGUCUAGAUUGGGAUACACGCAUGAAGAUUGCAAAAGGAGCAGCACAAGGACUAGAGUACUUGCACGACACAGCCAAUCCUCCCAUAAUUUACAGGGACUUCAAAGCUUCCAAUAUCCUGUUGGAUGACCUUUUCAAUCCCAAGCUGUCUGAUUUCGGACUCGCCAAGUUGGGUCCCACGGGAGGAGACAAGGACCAUGUCUCCACACGGGUCAUGGGUACCUACGGCUACUGCGCCCCAGAGUAUGAAAGGACCGGCCAGCUCACAACCAAAUCCGACGUCUACAGUUUUGGGGUUGUCUUUCUCGAGAUUAUAUCCGGAAGGAGAGCCAUAGACACAACAAAACCUGCCCCAGAACAAAAUCUAGUCACCUGGGUGCGUAUCUGUCUAUAA